GGAGCACUCUGGUGCAGACACAGAGCACUUUGGGAGAUUUCAGCGGAAUUACUGCAGAAGUCCUCUCUCCGAGGCAAGGGAGAAUAUUUUCCACUUGGCUGGCUGGUGGCAAAAGAAGAGUUUUCAGAGGAUAAAGCUACGAGUGGAGAGUUCAGUGGACAACCAGAUUCAUCUUCAUCUCACACCACUGUAGUUGGUGGCUGGGCUCCUGCACUUCCCCCACUGAGACCAAGCUGGUCUGAAAGAGUCACCAGAAAGCUAGCCGAGCCCCAAGUGAAGGAGACAAGAGAUUCAUUCCAUCUCUGUGCUGGUUGGAGGCUGAAGAAAGCAGAGGCAGAGGCUAAAGGACAGAACUUUUGGAUUUGGAGAUAUUUGGAGGGCUCUAAGCUAAACCGGCUGUGUUUUGAGAAGAACAAGAACUCCAACAUUUGAACUCCAGCCCAGGCAGAAAUCGUUAAGCUCAGGAUAAGUCCUUAUUUUGUGCCAGGCAUUGGGAUAUGCAAAAGAUACCAAGAAAGGCAAAACCAGCUGCCAUCCACCAGAAUCAUUCAUUCUUAUGGAAAAAGAUUUUGCCAACAACCAGGUACCAAGAACAGAGGAGGAUCGCACAAGUGGACAAAGGGAAAGGGAAAGCAGGACAUGGCAUGGCAACACUGAGUUUGGUGGUAGUCAGGAAGAAGGAAAUGAGGGGUGAAAGUCUUGCAAGCAUGGAACACAGCCAGGACAAAUGUGUACAGAUGGGAAAUGAAGUGCCAUGUUUAUUUUAUUUUUUUUAACAGCCUUUUAUUUGCAAAGACAAUUUUCAACAUUCAUCCUUGCAAAAUCUUAUGUUCCAAAUGUUCUUCCUCUCUUCCCCCCCCUCCUCUAGAUAAUAAGUAAUCCAAUAUAGGUUAAACAUGUGCAAUUCUUCUAAAUAUAUUUCCAUAUUUAUCAUGCUGCACAAAAAAAAAUCAGAUCAAAACAAAAAAAUGAGAAAGAAAAAAAGCAAGCAAACAAAAAAAAAGGUGAAAAUACUAUGUUGUCAUCCCCACAGUUUCUGGAUACAGGUGGUUCUCUGUAGCAUAAGUCUAUUGAAAUUGGGCUGAAUCACCUCAUUCUUAAAAAAAAGUCAAGUUCUUCACAGCUGAUCACCACAUAAUCUUAUGUACAAUGUUACUCUCGUUCUAUGAAGUGCCAUGUUUAAAGACCAGGCAAUUUGUUAGUGUAGCUGUAUCAGAAUUCUUAGAGGAGAGCAAAACUUUAACAAUAAUUGACACAACUUUGCAGUGACCACAUUUGAAUCUCACAAGUCUGGGAGGAUGAUGCUCUACUUAUCCCCCUUUGACAGAUGGGAAAACUGAGGCUCAAGCAAGACUCGCAGCAAAUGUCUGAGGCUGGAUUUUGGCUCAGCUCUUCAUGAGUCCAGGUUGCAGAGGGAUGGGGCAGCCGCAUUUGAUGGUCAGCAUUUAUGCUGGUCCAGUCACUGGUGCCUGCACCCAUAUCAACCACAUAUUCCUACUAUUCCAUGCAACAUGCUGGCCCAGCCUGGGCACAGAUCUGUCCUUCCUCAGCUCCUGGUCCUGAAUGUCCCUGCAGCUGGUCCAAGGCAGGCAGCCCUUCCCGCUGAGUUCAGCUAGGAGGGCAGGAGCCCAUCUGGGGAAGGGGCCAGGGCUUCCCCUUUUCAAGAUAGUCCUCCCCCUGUCCCCACCCUGGGGCUUCCUGUAGGAGCUUCCUCUUUGCCCUGAACCUGACACAGAUGGGCAGAGGGAGCCAUGGUGUUGGCAGAGUGAUAUAGUGCCCCACAGAGCCCGGCUCUCUCCUGUCUCCUGGAUGCUGUCACUUCUCCUGAUGCUGCCCCUGCUCUGGGAGGGGUCCCUGUCCCAGACACUGCAGAUGCAGCGCUCAGUGACCGUACAGGAGGCGAUGUGUGUCCAAGUUCCCUGCACUUUUCAGACCUCUGAACGCCCAUACUAUGCACCCAACUCUGCUUAUGGCUCCUGGUUCAGAAAAGGGGUUCAUGUUAGAGAUGGUGAUCCUGUGGCCACAAAUAAUCCAUACCGUUUGGUGCAGAAGGAAGACUGGGGCAGAUUUUAUCUUCUUGGGGACCCCAGGCUGCUCAAUUGCUCUCUGAGCAUCAUGGACUCCAAGCUCUCAGACACUGGGGAAUACUUCUUCCAUUUUGAAAGAGGAGACUUCAAGUUCAGUUUCACAAUGUAUCCCCUUUAUGUGAAUGUGAUAGGCUUGAUCCAGAAACCAGACAUCUACGUUCCAGAGAAGCUAGAGUCAGGGAAAGCAGUGACUCUGAAUUGUUCAUUUCCUUGGGUCUGUGAGGAAAAUAAGAUCUUCAGAUUCUCCUGGAUGGGGGCUGCCCUCCCCUCCCAGCAAAAAGUGCUCAGUUCUUCCCCCUACUCAGAGCUCUCCUUCAUUCCUGAGCACCAGCAUCAUGGCUCCAACCUCACCUGUCAGCUGACCUUUCCUGGACACCAAUUGAGCACAGAGAGAACCAUCCAACUCAGUGUGUCCUAUCCUGUGCAGAGUGUGACCAUCUCCAUCGCCCAGGACAACAGCACAGCAGUGUUCUCAGCCCAGGAAAACAGCUCUUGGCCACUGAUGUUCAUGCUGCUCCGGGGAGCCCUCAUGGGGGCCGGCUUUGCCCUCACCUAUGGCCUCACCUGGCUCUAUUACACCCGGAGACCUUGAUGGAAGGAGCACCCACUGGCCCCUGAAGCAGCCCAGUCCUCCAUGUGACAGUGCUCCUGGCCUUGAACCCAGUCCAGACCUGCCUCCUUCCACUCUGAGGCCUGAGUUCUGCCCUCAGGACCAAGCAAGUCAAGUCUGACUCUCCAGCUACAGGACCAACCCCAGGACUGGGAGACAGUCCUCAGGCCUCCCCUGUUCUUUUCCUUUAAGAAUUUAAAAAUAUAUAUUAUUUAUUAACAAAAAUGGAUUCAAAAUAUAUAACAAUGAAUUGCCAGUACAAAAAACAUUAGUGGAAGAAAUGAUAUUCUUGAGGGUCCAUCUUUUCUUUACUUCCUGGUAAAUUGUUCUUUUGCUCUCUGCUCUUUUAUUCUUUUCAUUCCCUUUUCAACCCUCCCCCCUCCACCCAGCAACCUAUAGUUAAGAGAGGAUAUCUUAAUGUAAUACAGAUAGACACAUACACACAAACGCCCCCCACACCCUGACACACACACAUACACAUCUGUUCUAGGCCUGCUGACUCUACUUUUAUUCUGCUCCUUAACUUGUCUUGCUAUAAUUUAACCUCCCUCCACCCUGGAUCCCUCCUUCAUCUUUUUUGGUUUCGCCCACACACCCAUCCCCCUUCUCUUUCUUCAUAGAUUUUGUAGGGUGCAAUAUCCUUAACGGUAUGUAUGUAUUGUUGCCAACUUAACCCAUUCCCAAUGUGAAUAAGAGCUCUCCUCCCUCUGCAAGCCUCUGUCUCUAUUCUUCCUCUGCAUCUCAUUUGUAUAACAUGGUUAUUAUUUUUACCUUAACUCUGCCCCAAUAUUUCUUGGGAGGUACCCUCUUGCUGAUGUCACUCUUAAACAUGUGGUAUACAUUUCCCAUGUAAAAAAAUAAAUAUGUCAUAUGAAAUUCUUUGA